AUGUUUUCCCCCUUCUUCCGCUGCAAAGAGCACUUUACGCCGCUUCUCCUCUUGGUUCUGUCACUGUGUGAUUGUUUGGUCGCUUUCCAGAUCACUGGUGCACUGGGAGGCGUCAAUUCAACUACAGGAGCAAGACCUCUGAGAUACGAGAUCCAUGACUUUGCCAACUCUGGUCCGGCCUUUGAUUUGUUCAUCCUCGCCCUGAUCGUUCUCCAAAGUCUUGAGCAGUCAGAAGAGCUGUCUUACUUCCAAGUCUCAGGAAUCCAUGGCUUCCCUCGAAUCCCGUGGGACGGCGUCUCGGGCACUGGUAGCUACCCAGGAUUUUGCACGCACGCAGCAACUCCAUUUCCAACCUGGCACCGACCUUAUGUGGCACUGUUUGAGCAAUUGAUCUGGCAACAUGCCCAAGACAUUGCUAGCGACUAUCCCGACGAUCAACAUGAUGAAUAUUCGAGUGCGGCCCUCGCUUUACGGGUUCCUUACUGGGACUGGGCUGUUUAUCCAGCGUUGCCUGACGUGGUUUCGGAGCCUCAGAUCUCCAUCAAUACUCCGAAUGGGCAACAAACAGUGAACAAUCCUCUCUACAGCUAUGUCUUUCAGUCUAAUGCCACAGGCAAUGGAUUUCCGCUUUCCGAUCCGAUGGCCAACUUUCCGGAGACAGUGCGCUGGUGGAGUCCAGACACAAAGUCUAGCAAUCAAAGCGCAGCCACUGCGGCGUUGCAGGCCAAUGCUCCUGCCAUCCAAUCAUUGACAUAUCAAAUGUUCACGUCUGUGGCGAAUUACACAGCAUUCUCAUGCACCUGGCCUGGCGGUCAAUGGCUUACUGCGAAUAAUAUCGAGUCCAUCCACAAUAGCAUACACAACAGCGUUGGAGGGUAUGGCCACAUGCAAUUUCCAGAAGUUGCGGGCUUCGAUCCUGUCUUUUGGCUGCAUCACGCCAACGUUGAUCGUAUGUUUGCCAUGUGGCAAACGCUGUAUCCGGACAGCUACAUCGAGCCGACUGUGAAUGCAUAUGGAUCGUACUACGAGAAUGUUGGGUUUGUCGAUUCGGGAACAACCGCUUUGGCGCCCUUUCAUUCUGACGGUGGCAGCACGAUGUUUACCUCCAACGACGUUCGCAGUACGAAGACAUUCGGCUACAGUUAUCCGGAACUGCUAGACUGGGAGAUGAGUCCAGAUGAGCUAAGGAACAACGUCCGAACUGCAGUCAAUGCGCUCUACAACCCUUCAUCAAACAACACAAUCAGCAGCUCAACGAGAAAGACUAGGCGAAGAUCCUCGAGUAUAGCCGAGAGUUUCGGUCAUGUGUCGCUUGAUUUGGCGAAGCAGCUCCGUGUUAACAACCUCAACAGGCAGUGGUCGAUCACCGUGCUUGUUGAUCGGUUCCCGCUCAACACGAGUUUCUGCAUUGACUUCUUCAUGGGCGAUGCUCCGGAUGAGGUGUCCGCUUGGCCCGCCGCUCCGAACCUCAUCGGCACCUAUGCGCAAUUCAAUCCCGCCAAUGUCACGAUGCUCCAUCCCAACGGAUUUCCUGAAGGACAAGUGCGCGGCGAGAUCUCAAUGACCCACACAUUGGCAGUGGGUGUGUCGAGAGGCGUCCUUCGAGAUCUCUCGCCACGGUCGGUUACACCCUUACUUCGACAUGCUUUGAAUUGGAAAGCUCGAACUCCGGCUGGGGAGGAAGUACCGAUAUCAGCACUUUCUGGACUUUCCAUAUCAGUCUUCACGCGGCCUGUGGUUCCUCGUAACACGAAAGACUCUUUCCCGGUGUACGGAGCAGUGCAAUGGAUCGGUUCUGUCACGGAGGGGAAACCAUGCGGCGCUCCGCGUCCACAUGUACAGGACAAGUUCUGA